AGAAAAUUUCAAGCGGCAAACUUUUAAGAAACUCCUUCUUUCUUUUCUUGGGGGGGAACAGUCGGCUGGGCCAGCCAAGUACUCACUGUCCCCCCCCAACGCCAAAUCUUCUUAUCACCUUCUUCUUAUUCUUGAAUCGGCCAAGCUGCCUUUUCUUCGUGUUUCUUUCACAAAAUGCCUGCAUCCAACGGCUCUCCCGCCAAUGGCGCGUCCAAGAAGGUCCUCGACUUCAAGACGGCCGAGGAAGUCCUCAAGGAAUACGAGAGCCGCGAUGGUCUCGCUAUCCAAGACCUCAUGGACUCUAAGGUCCAGGGCGGCCUGACGUACAAUGACUUCCUAUUGCUGCCAGGCUACAUCGGCUUCCCCGCUUCCGCCGUCGCGCUCGACUCGCCCAUCACCAAGAACAUCACUCUCAAGACGCCCUUUGUCUCUUCGCCAAUGGACACUGUCACAGAGCAUGACAUGGCAAUCCACAUGGCCCUCCAGGGUGGCUUAGGAGUCAUCCAUCAUAAUUGCGACCCCGAUGUCCAGGCCGACAUGGUGCGCAAGGUCAAGCGCUACGAGAACGGUUUCAUCCUGGACCCUGUCGUCAUCCGCCGUGGCACCACCGUUGGCGAAGCCAAGGCUUUGAAAGAGAAGUGGGGCUUCGGAGGGUUCCCCGUCACCGAAUCCGGCAAGCUGGGCUCAAAGCUUUUGGGCAUUGUCACGAACCGCGAUCUCCAGUUUGAAGACGGCUUCGAGCUGCCAGUGUCGAGUGUAAUGGUGACGGACCUCAUCACGGCGCCUUCCGGUGUCACCCUGGUUGAAGCCAACAAGAUCCUGGCCAGAUCCAAGAAAGGCAAGCUGCCAAUCGUAGACAAGGAUGGAAACCUCAUCUCCAUGAUUUCCCGCUCCGAUUUGACCAAGAAUCUUCACUUCCCCCUUGCCUCUAAGCUCCCGGAUUCUAAGCAGCUCAUCUGUGCCGCUGCCAUUGGUACGCGCCCCGAGGACAAGAUCCGCCUUGCCAAACUCGUGGAAGCCGGUCUGGACAUUGUCAUCCUGGACAGCAGCCAGGGCAAUAGCAUGUAUCAGAUUGAGAUGAUCAAGUGGAUCAAGCAGGAAUUCCCCGGACUGGAUGUCAUUGGCGGAAACGUCGUGACGAGAGACCAGGCUGCUUGUCUUAUUGCUGCCGGCGUGGACGGCCUUCGCAUCGGCAUGGGUAGCGGUAGCGCCUGCAUUACCCAAGAGGUCAUGGCUGUUGGCCGUCCUCAGGCGAGCUCUGUCUACAACGUGAGUUCUUUUGCCGCCAGAUUUGGCGUUCCCUGCAUUGCAGAUGGUGGCAUCCAGAACGUGGGCCACAUUGUCAAGGGCCUUGCCCUCGGCGCCUCAACAGUUAUGAUGGGUGGUCUGCUGGCCGGCACCACUGAGUCUCCCGGAACAUCCUUCGUCUCGAGAGAGGGCAAGCUUGUGAAGGCUUAUAGAGGGAUGGGGAGCAUCGACGCCAUGCAGGACAAGAAGGCCGGUGGCGGCGGCAAGGACAGCCAGAAGAGUAAUGCCGGCACUGCCCGCUACUUCUCGGAGGGCGACAGUGUUUUGGUUGCUCAAGGUGUCUCGGGUGCCGUGGCGCAUAGAGGAUCAAUUGGAAAGUUCGUACCCUAUCUUGCCGCGGGUCUGAAGCACUCACUCCAGGACUCUGGAGUUCAGAGCUUGCAGGAGCUCCAUGGCUCGGUUGCCAACGGCACCGUGAGGUUUGAGAUCCGCACAGCCAGCGCCCAGCUGGAAGGCGGCGUUAACAUGGAGUCCUAUGAGAAGAAGCUUUACGCGUGAUUAUGCAAUAUUGAGAAAUGAAACAUCACAACAUGGGAAUGGGCAGUUAGGCUAAUCGCCUUCUUUUGUAUUGGAGUCAGGGGCGCAAUUUUGGCUCGGCACAUUUUCGUCACAAAAUCUAAAACAUCUUGAGAACGUGACCUUUUACCACUUUGGUUUAGGCAUGAGUAUCCUUGAUCAUUCCACGGUCUGCCAACUGGCUCAAAUGCAGGCAGUUUUUGUGGUCAUGAUAUGCCGAUGUUCGGGAGAAUAUAUAGUACAUUGUGUAUGAGUGAGUACCUACCUAGGUUCAAGUUUGCAUUUAUGUUCUGUUAUUUUUUUAAUGUGUACGUGAUGGGUAUGAGCCAUUUCACUUUUGUGAUCUUAAUAUGGAAGUCCAUCCUUAAUCAGAGCCUCAUUGAGCAGACG